UUGAUCAAGCAAAAAUGACGGACGUGGAAGACGAAAAUAUUCUGACAUCUAUAUUCAAAGAAUCUUUCCCAGAUUCCUGGACAGAGAGUCCUGACUUUAUCCAUUAUUUAUCAGAACUAAGUUCCUAUGGAGUCAGCAAAUUAUCCAUGGAGCCUGACAGACUGUCAGAUGAAAAGUCACAGAUUCUUCAAGAAACUCAGAACUUAGCUUUUACACAUUAUAAAACAUUUAUACAAACUGCUGAAUGUUCUAGAGAAAUAUUUGAAGAUUUCCAGAUUAUAGAAAAACAUGUGGACAAUUUACUACAGAACUUACCUAGCUUGUCUGAGGAAUGUGAAGUGGUUACUAAACAAGCACAAGAAAUUAACUCCAGUCGGAGGAUGAACAAUUUGACCCUACAGAGACACACCCAGUUAUUAGAGGUCCUAGAAAUCCCUCAGCUAAUGGAUACUUGUGUCAGGAAUGGUUACUUUGAAGAGGCUCUGGAACUUGCAGCCCACGUCAAGAGACUAGAAAAGAAACAUUCCUCUAUAUCUGUGAUAAAUAAUAUAGUGAAUGAAGUGAAGAAUUCCACACAGCUGAUGUUGAACCAUCUAAUACAGCAGUUAAGGACCAAUGUACAGUUACCAGCUUGUCUACGUGUUAUAGGAUAUCUCAGACGUAUGGAUGUCUUCACAGAGGCAGAGCUCAGGAUCAAAUUCUUACAGGCAAGAGAUUCAUGGUUCCAGGGCAUUCUUGGUGCACUACCUAAAGAUGAUCCCUACACACAUAUAACAAAGACAAUAGAAGCUAGUAGAGUGCACCUUUUUGAUAUAAUAACACAGUACAGAGCUAUAUUCUCUGAUGAGGAUCCAUUACUGAGUACGGCUAAAGAGGAAUCUAUUAAUGAGGCUGCUUUGUUUCAUGGAUGGGUUGUUCAGAAGGUAUCUCAGUUUUUAUCAGCAUUGGAAUCAGAUUUACAGAGAGGAGUAGGUGGACGUUUAGAUUCUAUCCUGGGACAGUGUAUGUACUUUGGUCUGUCUUUUAGUCGAGUUGGUGCUGACUUCAGAGGAUUAUUGGCACCUAUCUUCCAGAGGGCAGCACUUAAUACAUUUACAGUAGCCUUGACUGAGGCAAUUAAAAAAUUUGAAGAAAAUAUGCAGUCUUAUAAUCUAUUGAAUGUGACAUCCACCAGUGGAAGUUCUUAUACAUCAGCCAGUCAGGCAGGACAAAUGUACCCUCCUAAUUUACUUUUGGACUUCUAUCCCCUGGCUGCCUACUGUAACCAUAUACUGACAGCCUUUAAUGAGUUACGGCUCUGUGCUCCUAUAUCAAUGGCAUGUGAGGUAUCUCAGGCUUUAGAAUCAUCACUACAGCAUAUCAACAGAAUUAUACUGGCAUUUCACAGGGCUGAGGAGACUACAUUUGACAAAAAAGAGAAAGACAAUUUUGAUAACUUUUGUACAGUUUAUGUAACAGACUUGGUACCAUACCUAAAUAAAUGUUUGCAGACACUAUUCCCGCCAUCUCAUCUGGCACAAAUACUGGGAGUGUCUAUCUUAGAAUUUAAUAAAAUGGGAAACUUGGGUAUUGUGGAUAUAACAAAAGUUUUGGCUCCGAUAGAGCACCUUAUACCAAAACUAGAACCAAUAGAUAUCAGUCCUGUUGUUCAAGAAACUGACAGUAAACCAGUUGAUACUAAACACACAACAGACACAACAAAAAUUGAUCAAUCAGAUGUUACAUCAACUAACACAGAUAUCCAAUUAAAACCUUCGUUACAUAGUGAAACUCCUGAUAAAGUGACCUUCACAACAGGAGGUGAAUCAACAGAUGAGGAACUAGAAGAUACAGUAAAUCCUUCAACAGAUACACCUACAGUCAAACCAGAUCCAUCAACAGAUACACAUACAGUCAAACCAGAUGAGCCAUCAGAAAACACAGAUAGUAAAAUAUCUGAAAAUUUGGAUGUAAAACUGGAUUUGAAAAAAGACUGAACUUCUUGAUAUUUCUUUGUGAAUUUUAUGUCUAAAUAACUCUUUAAGAAUUUCUAUUAGUAGGAUACACAUUGCUUUUCCGAUUUUUCUUGCAUCAAAAAUUACAAAAACAAAUGGAAAAUUCUUGUGAUGGUGGUUAUAUGUUAAACUGUAUGAGUUAUGCUACUUCAUAGGAUGCAUCUUUUACUUCUGGCAUUUCUGAUAAGCAAGGUUAAGAUCAGUUUCUGAUUUUUUUGUGUGUAUUUUUCAUUUAUGAAAAAUACAAAUUUUUACACUCAAUUUUUCGUCCUUUUGAAAGUAAAAAACAUACACCCACACAUGUUUUUGGCCCUGCAGAAUUUACAUGUCAGAUUAAAAAUGACUAUUAACUGUGUCAUUAGUUUCAUAAGUAAUGCUUUUCCAUGGUUUCAGUUAAGUAUUGAAAAAUAUUUUAUUGGGUUUAUUUAUAGAAAGUGGGUGAAUUUUUGUUUAUGUCUUAUAUUGAGCUUUUUCUUUUUAUUUAAAAUAUAUGUUCUUUACAAA